AUGGCUGCUCAGACUAGUGAGAAGCUGCAGAAGCUGGACCUGAACGGCCAGAGCGGCGAGGCUAAGGCCGACGCUCCUGCCGUCGGUCAAGCCGAGGCCGGGGAGGCAGACGACGAUUCGGAUGACGAUGCAGAUGAUGGAAAUGUGGCUCCCGAGGGUGCCGCCAGCGGAGCUGCCAAGAAAAAGAAGAAGCGUAAGACCAAGAAGAAAAAGAAGGGUGGCGCCAAGGUCCAGAGCUCCCCUCCGAGGGUGCCCGUUGCGAACCUAUUCCCCAACAACCAAUUCCCCGAAGGCGAGAUCGUUGAGUAUAAGAAUGAGAAUUCAUAUCGGACCACCAACGAAGAGAAGCGUUAUCUCGACCGUAUGGACAAUGAUCGCCUGCAAGAAUACCGUCAGGGUGCCGAGGUGCACCGUCAAGUCCGCCAGUAUGCGCAGAAGAACAUUAGGCCUGGCCAGACCCUGACGGAAAUCGCGGAGGGCAUUGAGGAUUCGGUGCGUGCCCUGACUGGCCACCAGGGCCUUGAAGAAGGUGACAACCUUAAGGGAGGCAUGGGUUUCCCCUGCGGGUUGAGUAUCAACCACUGCGCGGCUCACUACACCCCCAAUGCGGGCAACAAGAUGGUGUUGCAGCAGGGCGAUGUAAUGAAGGUGGACUUCGGCGCACAUUUGAACGGCCGUAUCGUCGAUAGUGCAUUCACCAUGGCCUUCGAUCCGGUGUAUGAUCCACUACUGGCGGCCGUCAAGGAUGCCACCAAUACUGGUAUUCGCGAGGCGGGUAUUGACGUUCGCAUGAGCGAUAUUGGUGCCGCCAUCCAAGAGACCAUGGAGAGCUACGAGGUGGAGCUGAAUGGCACAAUGUAUCCUGUGAAAUGUAUCAGGAACCUCAACGGUCACAACAUUGACCAGCACAUCAUUCACGGCGGCAAGAGCGUCCCGAUCGUCAAGGGUGGCGAUCAGACCAAAAUGGAGGAAGGCGAAGUGUUUGCCAUCGAGACCUUCGGUAGUACCGGAAAGGGUUACGUGAGGGAAGAUAUGGAAACCUCUCACUACGCGUUAGCCCAGGAUGCCACGCCAGUGCCUUUGCGUCUGUCAUCGGCGAAGAACCUGUUGAACGUGAUCAACAAGAACUUUGGUACCCUCCCAUUCUGCCGUCGGUAUCUUGACCGGCUGGGGCAGGAGAAGUACCUUCUAGGGUUGAAUAACCUCGUGUCAUCUGGAAUUGUCCAGGACUACCCGCCUCUCUGUGAUAUCAAGGGCUCCUACACAGCCCAGUUUGAACAUACGAUUGUUCUCCGACCCAAUGUCAAGGAAGUGAUCAGUCGUGGAGACGACUACUGA